AAACAAAACAGCCAAGAAAAGCUAGCGUGAACGUUGUGAAAAAUUAAGGGAAUUAAUUCAUUCCAGUCAAAAGAACUGUACAUGCAUUGCUGUUUUCUGCAUUAAUGGACGUCAUUUGAAGAUGUAUAUGACAGCUUCCAGGUAUUGCUUCAUGAAAAACACAUACUGAUGACUGAUCAAUGACAUAACCAUUGUGCUUAAAGCCUCCUAUACUGAGUGUUUUAGCUAGGAUUUCCAGCAAGGGAGCCAAUCCUGAAAAGGUCUCUUAAGUGUGCUAAUAAUAAUUCAAAAAGGACAUGUCUCAAAAUCCUUCAUUGGGCCUACAUUUAGUAGAAGAAUGUACCUGAAGUCAAAAAAAAAAAAAAAAAUCUGCAGCUGGUGAGGGGUGGUGGCAACUCUACACAUGCUACACUAAGGUUUCACAACGAAUUUGUCAAGUUUUUGGCCCCAAAACAAAGACUUUUAAGUUGCAACACGGUUGCUAUGGAAGAUUUCAACAAACAGUGUAUGAUAAAGACGUGUAUCAACUGUUAUGGAGACACAGAAUACUACUGCAAGACAUGUAAAAGUAACCUAUGUCCACAGUGUAAAGAGAGACACAACAGUGAUCUAGACACUUUGUACCAUGAUGUUGUGAUUUAUAGAGAGAAAUGUGAAGUCCUUCAAAAAAUAGAGACUUGUGACAGACAUCCAGAUAUGAUAUAUGAAAUGUACUGUCAGUCUUGUGAACUUCUUGUCUGUAAUCUGUGUAUAGAACAUAGAAAUCAUGAAAAAAUGGAUCUUAAAGCUGCUUAUAGAAUAACCAGACAGCAAUACAAAGAAACAAUUCACAAAAUCAGAAGUGAGGUUCUGUAUAGAAACUAUAGUGUUUUAUCUGGGAUUCAGAAUCACAUGAAAACAUGCAGUAGAACACUUUCAGGUAUUCAGUCAGCAAUGCAUUUAAAAGCUAUAAGGUUAAAGGAUUUAACUGAUACUGUCUUGUUAAAUGAUAUAACAAAAUGCAGCCUGCUUUUGGUUCAAACACUACAACAUCAGAAGUUCAAACAAAAUACAUUUCUUGCUAAAUCUGAAUACUAUGAACACAGAUCUGAGCAUUUAUUGAUCAGACCUGUACAAUUUCUUUUAUUCUACAAGAAAAAUUUCAUAAACACGACUAAAACAAUUGUACAGGUAAAGCAAGUGCCUAUUUUGUCAAUAUGUGAUAAUUUAAACAAAGCUGAUGUCAAUCUGUUAUUAAAAGAAACCCAAAGUGAAAUCAUAAAAAGAGAAAUAUUAGAUGAACAGCUACUGAAAAUGAUGUCUAAACCUGUGUUAAAGAGGUCGGUGAAAGUCAAAGAUAUCAGUUAUGGUCGUCAUGUUUCUAUUGUGGCACCAGAUAAAUUCUGGGUCAGUGAUUGGAACAAUCUCAUCUUGACAGACACCUCGGGUGAAACUCUUCAGGAAGUUACAGACAAAGCUGCUUUUGGAGGUGUGCACACAGUAUCAAGUGCUGGGGAACUUCUUUACGUUGACAUCAGAGGAGAUGUCAAAAUUCAAACAGAAAGCCGAUCAAUGGUCAUGUUAAUGAGAAUAACAGAUUCAUUGAGACCUGUCAGUCUCCACUACUGUGUGUCCUCUGGAGAACUACUUAUUGGCAUGAGGAUGUAUAAUUACAAAACAUAUACAGGCAUGGUAAAACGGUAUGACAACAGUGGGGAAGUAGAACUCCAAACUAUCCGAAUCGACCACAAAGGUGAAAUUUUAUUUGGAGAUCCGAAGUACCUCACAAAAAAUUGCAAUGGAGAUAUCAUUGUGUCAGACUAUGAUCUCAGAGCUGUAGUGGUGGUUGACGCUGGAGGCAAACAUCGGUUCUCUUACACGGGGCCUCCAUCAGGAUCGGGACUGAAAUCAGGACUACAACCUGAAGGAAUCUGUACAGACGCCCUGUCACACAUCCUGGUGGUCGAUACCCUCACUGACACUGUACAGAUGAUUGACAAGGAUGGUCACUUCUUGUCACUCCUGUUGACCAAACCAGGGAGUAUACACGAGCUGUAUGGCCUGGCCUAUGAUCACAAAACUCAUCUUCUUUAUGUUGGGCGUGGAUCUUCAGAAUGUACUGACAUAGUGUCUGUGUAUAGAUACAUAGAAAGGAUAAACUAUUCGACAGAUAUGCAUUAAUAUCACCCCCUUGUGUUUUAUGUAUAGGAAAUGGCGUGCAGUUUAUGAAAAUCUAUCUGUACAGUUACGCCUCUUUUUCUGUUUAUUUGAUCUUUUACUGUGAAAAUAAUUUUUUUUGAGUUGGAUAUAUUUCUGUUAACAAUUGUCUUUGGAAUCUGGAAAGAAAAUGAUGGAAACGCCAUGCAUUAUUAUGUGCACUAACAAA